AUGAAUGAGGAAUUCUCAGAGCCCGUAUGCUGGGAGAUUAAUGAUGUAUACUUCUAUCCCUUGACCAGGCCCACUGUUGCUAAAGCUCUACUCAAGUUCAUAAAGGGUAAUAUCGCUCCUUCUGGGGCACCCGAGCUUUACCUCACCACUGUCAGAAGGCCAAAAAGUAAUCUCCCAAUAUCCGAUAUUAAGGAAAUACUUUGGUUUCUGUGGGGCCGGGAUCAGAAAGUAUUCGCCGACGAGCAUUACUGAAUACAACUAGCAUUUUUGUGUGUUGUUAACCUCGUAUACCGCGGACUGAAUUGGAGCUAUAGUUGAAUCACGAACCCGUCUAGGUACUAAUAGCUCUCUGUUAUAUAAGGUAUGUAAGCAGUUCCGAAGUGCGCCUGCCAGACUGAGCUGAUGCGAACUUGAAAACAUAGCACUGCCACGUUGGCCUAAUUGCUGCACGAAAGGAUUCACUGGCCGGGUUGUUCCUAAAUAUCCAAAGAAUUCAUACUAAAGGAGAUGAAAGGCGGGAGCGCACUGUGUACACAUCUCAUGUACCCCCCCUCAAGUUUCUGCAUUUGGUGUCUGACUGAAUUAGCACUCCGGCCAUACUUCAUCAGACCACGUUUGACUUUGGACAUGGGUUAGAUCCCCUAAUACUCUUCCUUGCGCUCGCAUUCACAGAUGAUGCCUUUGAUGAUGGCCUAACACUAGAGGGGCUGGUGGAGAUGCAACGCAGCCAGGUGGGCUUGUGCAGAACAUGUAAAUAGAAAGGGUCAGUUGCAGGAAUUCCAGUUCUCCGGCAAUGCGAGGGUGGGGGAAGGGUAGGGUACAAGAGGGCAUUGACAUACAGCACUGUACGUCGGGACCUUAACGGCCUCACCCGUCGUAGUGGCUUCCUGGGUAGCCUCACGUUUGGGUCGAUACGCAGGGCAGCUGGAGGCGCAGUUAAAGGUAUGCCCGCCCGAGAUAUUGCCAGAUCCUAACCUAACAUAGUGUAUAUUAGGCAAGGUAUCGCAGUCCGAUCACCUCCGGGUGAUGGGUCAUCGAAAGACAGGAACAUUUGAAAUGUUUUACGCCUUAAAUCCGGUAGACACCCAGUCCAUUGUACUUGGGCGUGAGCCGCGCGAUGAAAUGACAUCACAGCUUCUGCGGGCUGGUUGCCGACAUGAUAGGACAGCGCCACAGACUCUCCCAGACAAUAUUCUAAAGCAACUAGAGGGUGAUAAAACAUUGAGGGAUUAUGAGAAGGUGAGGACCGAUUACCUGUCUACCUUGCAGUGUCGGUAUGGAAGUCUUAGGAAAUCACCCAUUGUCUAACGGAGAUCUUAUAACCCACUUUAUGAGCGCGUACGCUGGUGGCGGGAAAAAUUGAGAAACAGGGCAUUGACCAAAUACCGGGAGAGCUGGGCCUGUGAGAUGGAUAAGACGGGGGAGGGGCUUGGUACUCCGAGCCUUCCCACCAACCUCACCGAGUAUAACAAUAUUAGCAUUCAGGAGGGUGACAUGCACGAGGGUCGACGGCGGAUUGCAGAUGGCAUGUUUGGCUUUAUGGAGGCUCGGGAUACGUUGGAUGUAUCGUUGGUUUCCGCACUGAUUGAUCUUUUGUUCUGGUGGACAUCAGCGUAG